GAGUGACAGGUGCAGCGGCGGAUUGAUUUUGUGAAAAUAAGUCAUUUUUCAAGCAUUAUUAGGUAAUCAGACGCUUCCAUAUCUUCUAUCUGGCUUUAUAUCUGUGUUUAGCUGUACUUUGACAACGAAUCAAGGCGAUUCUCUCGAAAAUUUGUGCAUCUCGUAAAGUCUGCAGAUCGUCUUUUGUUGGUUGCAGUGGUGGGGGAAAGAACGAUACUGUCAGUUGAGAAAAAGAGGGGAAAUUGCAUGAAGAUGUUUAUUUUGUACGAAGGAAUUGUGUGAAAAUCCCACAAAGAUCAGCUGUUCAGCAUCUGUACGGGACUCGUGAUCUCUCUAGUGCGAGUGCAAAGUGGUGGCCAGAGUGAAGAGCAAUGUUUCGCAGUCGCAGCUGGUUCGGGGCGAACUGGAACAAGCCCAAGAACAGAUUGUCCCUGGAGCACAUGAAAUACCUCUACUCCGUGCUGGAGAAGAACAUGACGGUGUCCGAGCACAACAGAGGCCUUCUGGUGGAGACGCUGAGGUCCAUCGCGGAGAUCCUCAUCUGGGGUGACCAGCACGAUUCCUCGGUGUUUGACUUCUUCCUGGAGAAAAACAUGCUCUCAUACUUCAUCCACAUCAUGAGGCAGAAGAACGGCGGCCCGGGCUUCGUGUGCGUCCAACUCUUGCAGACACUCAACAUUCUGUUCGAGAACAUCCGGAACGAGACGUCGCUCUACUACUUGCUGAGCAACAACCAGGUGAACUCGAUCAUCGUGCACAAGUUUGACUUCUCCGACGAGGACGUGAUGGGCUACUAUAUCCUCUUCCUGAAGACCCUGAGCCUGAAGCUCAAUAAGCACACCAUCCACUUCUUCUACAAUGAGCACACGAAUGACUUCCCGCUCUACACGGAGGCCAUCAAGUUCUUCAACCAUCCGGAGUCCAUGGUGAGGAUAGCCGUGCGGACAAUCUCCCUGAAUGUGUACAGAGUGCAGAACACGAACAUGCUCCAGUUCAUCCGCGAUCGCACGGCAGCUCCGUACUUUAGCAAUCUGGUGUGGUUCAUCGGCAAUCACAUCCUCGAGUUGGACGCGUGCGUGCGCAAUGACACCGAUCAUCAGUCCCAGAGUCGCCUCUCGAACCUCGUGGCCGAGCACCUGGACCACUUGCACUACAUCAAUGACAUCUUCUGCCUCGAAAUAGACGACCUCAAUGCCGUUCUCACUGAGCAUCUCCUCCACAAGCUCUUCGUGCCGCUGUAUAUAUUCUCCCUGACGCCCGCUCCGUCGCUCUCCAUCGCCACGGUGACGCAGAACCUGGCCGCGGUGCUCAACAAGGUGGUGGAGAUCGAGGACAUCCAGGAGGUCAACAAUCCGCGUGUCUCCGUCGUCACGGGCUUCUUCCUGCUCGCAAUGGUGUUCCUGGUGAUAAAGCAUCCGCCACUGGUUCAGACGCUCGCCUGGGUGAUCUUCAAUGCCGACAACAGUAUUUUCAAGGAGGGACUCGUGAAGCUCCUCGACACAGAUCGCAAGCAAUUUGUCUCGCUGGGCUUCGCCGAGCCACAGGAGUCGUUGGAGAGAGCCCUGGAGACCACUCUGAGUGCCACGAAUUCGGACACCAACAUCUCCAGCCAUGAGGAGGAUCCCACCACGGUGUCUGCCCUGCCCGAGCACAGCGAGCUCAACAGGACGGACGAGGAGAAGGAGAAGAUGAAGGGUGUUGAUGACCAGAGUGUGACGAACAGACCCUUUCUGGACACCGUAAUCUCGGCCAUGGAUUGCGCAGACAAUGACUACCUAGCUCUCCUCGCUCUCUGCCUUAUCUAUGCUGUCGUGGAAAAUUCUGGAGUCGAUAGGGAAUGGCUCGAGAAGACACUCAAUUCGUCCAGUUCGUGUGGGACAAAGUGCAAGACGCUGCUCGUGGAGAAACUCCUCAAGAUUGCCUACAUGUCCAGCACUCCUGCCAGUCGAAUCCGUCUCGUAACACUUGAACUCAAUGCGAUAUUAAUACAGAGAUUUACACGCUCUUCAAACAGCAAGUAUGAUUUGAGUGAGGGACAACACGCUAUGCUAACAGAGAGUCGAUAUCAUAGCAUGAAUGUGGUGAAAUUCUACUACAAAUCCGAGGAUAUAUUCCUGGAUCUCUUUGAGGAUGAGUACAAUGAAAUGAGCAAGUCAGCGCUCAAUGUGGAGUUCCUCUGUGCUGAUUCGACAAUUCUCCUCCCACCCACCGGCACCCCGCUCACGGGUAUUAUGUUCACGCGACGUCUUCCAUGUGGGGAUGUGGAGAAGGCCAGGAGGGCGAUCAGGGUGUUUCUCUACUUGAGGCGCCUCUGUCACACCAUUUUCGGCGAAAUUGAGUCCCUUCUGCCACUGACGAAUCAGCACAAUUGCGUGGAUAUUGACGAUGUGCUGGACUUGAAUAACAGUGACUUGAUUGCCUGCACGAUAAUCAUGAAGGAUGGACAGAAGCAGCGACGAUUCCUCGUGAUUGAUGUGCAGCAAUUGAUCCUCGUGGAGCCGGAUUUGAAGCGACUGGGAUGGGGAAUUGCCAAGAUUGUGGGAUUCCUCCAAGACACCGAAGUGGGUGGGGACAAGGAUGACACGAGAUGCCUGCAUCUCACCAUCUCUCGCGGUGGAGCGACUCGCAAUCAGUCUCCGCUUCUGUCCGCCAAAUUGGUUUUUGACGACUACAUUCGGUGCAUGGCUGCCAAGCAAAGGCUGACAAAGGGACGCAGCAAAGUGAGGCAGAAGAAAAUGCUGCAAAUAGCGCAAAUACUGGAAAUCAAAGAGCCAAGUGCGGAGGGAAGUAAUGCAGGGAUUGCGACAAGUGGAAGAAUAACUCUGAGGGAGCACCGUCCAUUGUUCUCCACCGCCAAUCGUGUUCCUGGCUUUGCGGCGGCCCUUCGACUCGGAAGUAUGCCGUCGGCGGGUGUGAGUCGCGUUCAGAUUGGCAAUAGAAGCAGCUUGAAUAGCUCGGGCGAUGGGAGGAAUAGUCCCAGUUCCUCAUCCUACGGCAGACACACGCCGCGAAGGGACACCGAGGGAUCUCUGUCGUCGAGCACAAGUCGUCCGGGGACGAGAGAUUCGAGCCCUCGAACUCCACGACCGCGUUCAGAAGAGAUUCCGCUGGAGGAUUUGCGCAGAUCGGCAAGUCCUGGCGCAAUAUCGCGCUCUUCAGCCUCUUCCUCCUGGCGUCCGGCGACUCCUUCGAAGCUCUCAAUGGAGAAGCCUGGGCACGAGGAGGGGAACGGCAAGGUGGAUGGGCAGGAGGACAAAUUGGUUAGUAACACUUCUGAGGAGACAUCCUUCAUAGCUGGCGAGAGAAAGAGCAAAAAGUCCUCAACCAUUCAGACGGUGUGAAUAGCGAGAUUUUUUAGUUUUAAUGCCAAUGGAAACAGGACGAAAAUGCAUCUGAAUAAAAGGUACUUGAAGAA